UUAUCAAGAUGGCGCUGCGGCCGGGAUCAGCUGGAGGCGGCAGUUUCAUGUAUCCUGUCGGAGGAGGCUUGGGACUGCCACAAGGCAUGGUGCCCAUGCAGCAGCAGCAGCAACAACAGCAGCAGCAGCAGGCUUUCCCAAUGGUGCAGGUCAUGCAGCCAAAUAUGCAAAGCAUGAUGGGAAUGAACUACGGCGGUCAAAUGCCUCCAGGAGCCAUGCCCAUGCAGGGCGGGAUGGCAAUUGGGAUGCAAACCCCCGGGAUGCCAUUUUUGGGCCAACCCCAGUUUAUGGGUAUGAGACCUGCUGGACCCCAGUACACUACAGACAUGCAGAAACAAAUGGCAGAGGAGCACCAGAAGCGUCUAGAGCAGCAGCAGAAGAUGUUGGAGGAGGACAGGAAAAGGCGACAGUUUGAGGAGCAGAAACAGAAGCUGAGGCUGCUCAGUAGCGUCAAACCCAAGACAGGGGAGAAGAGUCGGGAUGACGCCUUGGAGGCUAUAAAGGGGAACCUGGAUGGUUUCAGCAGAGACGCCAAGAUGCACCCCACACCGUCGUCACAGAGCAAGAAGCCAGACUCAUCAUCAUCGUCAUCAUCUCACUCGUCUGUCACCACUACCUCCCUUCCCCCAUCUCUCUCAGAGGCCAGUGAUGAAUUUAGUGACUUUCAGGGGCCUGUAGACACCCCAGGAUCUUUUCCCACUUCUUCCUCCUCCUCUACCAUCCAUGGUCACCUCCCUCCGGCCUCCUCGUCUUCCUCCCACAUGACAGGUUUCUCCAGAGAGGAUGAGGAGUUUAGUGACUUUGUUCAGGUUCCGCUAAAUUCCGCUUGCUCCCAACCUUCCGCCCUCGCUUCCUCUAUGUCCCUUCCCACUGCCACGCAGCCCUCUGCUGUCAACACCAGCUCCCAAUCUGCGUUUCAAGGCCCGUCCUUGGAAGAAAAGCUUUUCUCCUCGUGCAACCUCACGGCUCAUAAGACGGCCCAGAUGAACUUUAAAUCCAAGCAGAGUUUGACUAAAAUGAGCCCCAGAGCUAAAAUUUCAGCCCAGUUUCAAGCCAGCAGUAAAGCAAGGAAUUGGGCUACAGCCACUGGGGACUUUGGUUCCAUCUUCAUUGCAGACAGGCUACCUGAAGCCCCCGUGUUGGCACCUGGCGUGGCCCCGUCUGCCAGCGAACCCCACACUCAAAGCAGUGCGGGUGUUGGUGUUUAUCCACAACAAGAGCACAUCCAGUCCAUGCUGCCAUCUUGGCUUUACAAUGACAGUCUCAUCCCAGAAAUGUUCAAGAAGGUUCUAGAGUUCACCAUGACACCGGCAGGGAUCGACACCGCCAAGCUCUACCCUCUCCUCAUGUCGUCAGGUCUUCCCAGGGAAGCCUUGGGGCAAAUCUGGGCGUCUGCCAACCGCACGACACCUGGCAUGCUGACCAAGGAGGAGCUCUACACCGUGCUCGCAUUAAUUGCUGUGGCACAGAGCGGCCUGCCUGCGAUGAAUGUGGAAAUCCUCAGUCAGUUCCCAUCUCCACCAAUGCCCAAUCUCCCAGCCCUCUCUAUGGCAGUGGCCCCCGUCAUGCCUCAGCACCAGCAGCCCAUGAUGACCCAUCCGCCAGUCUCCAUGGCCAUGUCCAUACCGGCCCCGACCGUGAUGGCCAUGACACCGGCGGCUCCUGCACCUGCUACAGCACCCGCCAACACCAACUUUAUUGCCAGUUUCCCACCUGCUCAGGGGACCAAAGUUGACGACGACGACGACUUCCAGGACUUCCAGGAGGCCCCAAAGGCUGGCGUGGGAGACCAGGCAUUCACCGACUUCCAGGGAGAGUCCAGUGCAAGUUUCCCCAUCAGCAUGGCAUCGCAGCAUCAAAACAGUGCACCUUCCAUGUUGACUCCACUAUCUGGAACCACCUCUGCCUCCUCUGACAAGUACGCCGUCUUCAAACAGCUGUCUGUGGACCAGCCGACAGAAGCCACAGCGCCUACCUCAGAUGGCGGAGACAAAUACAGCGUGUUUAGACAGCUAGAGCCACCUGCUGACAAGAAGCCACUAGGUGAAGGAUUUGCAGAUUUCAAGUCUGUCAGGACUGAUGACGGCUUCACGGACUUUAAAACCGCCGACAGCGUCUCCCCACUAGACCCUUCAGAACCAGCCAAGAUCUUCCAGCCUUGCUUCCCUUCUGCUUUCCCCAACUCUCUAUCGCUGCAACAACACCCGCAACAGCCGUCAGCCGUUUCUCUUUCUCAAGCCAAAAACUCUCUCAACAUGGCCGACCUGGACCUUUUCUCCUCAGUCACCUCCUGUGUCCAGCCAGUGACUGACACACAGACAAGCGCCUUCCCCUCUGUGACGGUACCCCCCUCUCUGGUGCUCCUCCCAGGCGGAGCCAAGCCCCCUGGGGGAGGAACUGACGAAUUUGGUGACUUUGCCCUCUUUGGCUCCUCCUGUGAUGCCACUCAAGCUACAGCAGCAGCAGGGGGAGCGGCGGCUGCGCCACAGGACGACUUUGCUGACUUCAUGGCAUUUGGGAGCUCUGGAGGCGAGCCCAAAGGUGAGAGCAGUGCAGGGGUCCAAGGUGAGAACCCGUCCCAGCAGCAGUCUCAGCAGCGCUCAGACAAGUAUGACGUGUUCAAACAGCUGUCUCUUGACGGCGGCCUGGCCUACGAUGACACAAAGGAGACCGGCGGUGGCUCCUUCUCAUCCCUCAAAAGCGACACUGACGACUUUGCCGACUUCCAGUCCUCAAAGUUCUGCACGGCGCUCGGCGCCUCGGAAAAGACCCUGGUGGACAAAGUGGCCGCUUUUAAACAGGGCAAGGAGGACUGCGUGUCUGUCAAGUCCCUCGACCUCCCAUCCAUCGGGGGGAGCAGCAUGGGAAAGGACGAUUCUGAGGACGCGCUUUCAGUACAACUGGACAUGAAGCUCACCGACAUGGGCGGAGACUUGAAGCACGUGAUGUCGGACAGCUCGCUGGAUUUGCCGGGUCUGUCGUCCCACCAGCCCCCUGCUACAGAAGGAGACGACAUGAAAUUUGAACCCUUUGGGACUUCGGUCCUCAGCAGCCUGGCCACUUACGACUGGUUGGACCGGGAGGAAUGUGUCACCGUUGAGGUCCAAAAGCCUCAGGGCCUCGAUGGGGAAGGCCCCCCACCUUCAGUCCUAACACAAAAACCGGAGCUGAAUUUUGAUAGUAACGCAAGCGUCUCAACCACCUCUCCAGCCAAGACCUCCCUCCACACAGACGACGCCUCAUUUUCCGAUGACAGGUUUGCCCCCUUCGCUGACUUUGGCACCAAGGACCAAAAGGGUGGCAGCGGUGAUGACGAGGAUGACUUUGGGGAUUUUGCCAGCACACAAUCAGACACGCCUCCUGCUGUUGCUGAGGCCAGUUCCGAGGCCAAACAAAGCGAACCCUCUGAUGAGUUCGGAGCUUUUCAGGGAGACAAGCCAAAGUUUGGCAAGUCCGACUUCCUGAAAGCCAGCGCUCAGCCCAAAGUCAAAUCCAGUGAGGAGAUGAUCAAGAAUGAGCUGGCUACAUUUGACUUGUCUGUCCAAGGGUCCCACAAACGCAGUCACAGUUUGGGCGAGAAGGAGAUUGGACGUUCCCCCACAUCUUUGGCUCCAGAGCAACCCUUCAGAGACCGAUCUAACACCCUGAGCGAGAAGCCCACCUUACCUGUUAUUCGGGACAAGUACAAAGACCUGACUGGUGAGGUGGAGGAGAGCGAGCGCUACGCUUACGAGUGGCAAAGGUGUUUGGAAAGUGCUCUGGAGGUAAUCACCAAAGCUAACAAUACGCUGAAUGGCAUUAGCAGCUCCUCCGUCUGCACAGAGGUCAUCCAGUCUGCCCAGGGCAUGGAGUAUCUGCUGGGUGUGGUGGAAGUGUACCGUGUGACAAGACGCGUGGAGCUGGGCAUCAAGGCGACUGCGGUAUGCUCGGAGAAACUGCAGCAGCUCCUGAAGGACGUCAGCCGUGUGUGGAACAACCUCACGGGCUUCAUGUCGCUGGCCAAGCUCGCGCCUGAUGAACCUUCUCUGGAUUUCACCUCGUGCAUUCUGAGGCACGGCAUCAAGAACGCCAAGGAGCUAGCGUGUGGGUUGUGCCUGCUCAACGUUGACUCUCGCAGCAAGGCUUUGACUCCAGAAAGUGUCAGGAGGUCAAGGGUACCCAUCACACCCAUGAGCAUCCUUAGAGUGCACUCUGCUGAGCAGGUAGUCAAAUGCUACAUGCAUUUCAUGUAUGAACACCCACCAUUCAAAUGUUUUGGUAAUAACAGUGUGUUGCAGAACUAUGCAAACAUCAAUAUUUGCCUUCUCAGGACACUGAAUCAAUCCCAGGUUGCCUUAGAACACGUUUUGUUUUGCCUCUCAUCCGAGCAGGCUUCAUCAAUUCAUGCUCUUGACUAGAUAGGGACGGUGCAGGCUCCACAGUAUUUAUUUUGUAAGAUACGCAAAACGACAGUCGUUAAGAUGCACUGGUGUUGGGCCUCUGCCAGGGAACAGUCAAAUCCAAAUGGUUAUGUGCACAUCUGAAACCAAAAGUGGCUGUGUUGUGUUUGAUACUUGUUAGAGGACGGAAAGGAAAGGAAGCUUUGUACUGUAGGUGGAAGAUGGAUGGUGUUGCAGCCCUCCUGUUCUGUUCAGAAAUGGUUUCUCAGCCUUGACGUAGAUAACCUCCCUCACUCUUCCUUCAAACUGCCCGUCUUCUCUCUCCAGAAUAUGUACAUUUUUGUCCUCAGAGGAGUGCGGUUCUCUUUGAGACUGCUGAGUCUCGACCUAAAGAUUUGACAUGUGUCUGCUCAUUGGCUACUGUUUGUGUUAUUUGUUGAAUCAGUACUACAUUUUGCUAUCAUCACAUACCUGUUAAGCAUUGCAACGGAUUUAUAGUCAUGCUGUUAUAUUUGUCAAAGGCUUUAGGGCCCAAAACGGUCCCACUAGUUAGAAAAAUGUAUGUUAUACAUUUUUGUCAAAAUGACUGCGUCACAUCUUUUCAGCAACACAAUUUUAAAGUUUUUGUGUCUCUAUUUUGCCAUUGGACUUUUUUUCAAUGGGAGAAAAACACUAAAUAUUCAAUGUUUUCCAAAAAUGAGGCGCAAAGUGGAAUUGUUGGGAUGAGGUUAUUAUAGCUGAUAUUUAGGAAUGGGGCCAGUGUAAUUUACAUAUCAGAAGUUGCUACCUGCGGAGAUUUCCGAUUCAUGAGCCAUGUCUGUGCUUUAAAGUUGUCAGCUUGUCAGCAAACGUAGGCGUAAGGAUAUAAACAAAUGUAGCCAAAAGAGUAUAAGUGAACGUAGCUGUCUCCACAUGUGCACUGUAGCCGUGCCCCUCACACACAAGCCCUCCUCUUGCUUUUGGCGUUCACAGCCACACAAAACAGUCAGAUAUCACAAACUCUUAGAGGAAAACCGCUCUUUUGCCUAUCAUUCACAGUCCUUAUGUGAAACAUGAGCACAUGUCUUUCUCUUUUCUGUGCGUUCUAAAGAGAGGAAGACAGUCAGCAUGAGGGAGCUAACAAUGCACGUGCCUACAAAAAACAUCUUUGCGAUACAUGGAGCACAGAGCACAUGAUAUCACAACGCAGGCCAUGUAGCCGUGUAUAAACAAAACAUGGAAUGUGGGCAAAUACUUUACAGAUCAUUUGGUUGUCUAUUCUUAGUUCUUGUUUCCUUGUCAGUAUAGGUUUGUGUCCUAUCGCAUUGUUUAGGUGUGGACGCGUUAUUUCUCAGUAGAGGCAUGAGGCGCUGCGUCACUACGCUAGAAAAAUAGUUCUUCGUGUAAGCUGCUACGAUAACAAUGUCGUUGUAGCUUGGGUAAUCUACAGGUCAUUUAUGUCAACAGAACAUUGUUGUCGUUUUUUGGAGAGUUCUUUUUGAGGGCUUUGUAGUCACGUGUGUGUGUGUGUGUGUGGACAACUAUCCAUCCAUCCAUCCAUUUUCUAUGCUGGAGCCUAUCCCAGCUGACUUUGGGUGACAGGCAGGGUACACCCUGGACUGGUUGCCAGCCAAUGGCAGGGCACAUAUAGACAUACACAUCUAUGGACUAUUUAGAGUCAAUUAACCAACCAACCAAUUAACCUAACAUGUGGGAGGAAACUGGAGUACCCGGAGAAAACCCACACACGCACGGGGAGAACAUGCGAACUCCACACAGAAAUGCCCAAGGGAGAAUCAAACCCUGUGUGGCCAACAUGCUAACCACUAGACCACCGUGCGGCCCUGGAGACAACUUAUGUUGGCUGAUAUUCUUCUAGUUACAUUUGCUGAUAUUCUUUUGGUGUGGUUGCAUAUUAAAGCAAACAGAGCUCUGGCGUUGGCAGAUAUCCAAAUUCAGGGAUGAAAUGGGUGCAUCCCUACUUUUUAUUAGGUAAAUAAAUGGUUUUGAUCCAUUAUUUUUUAGAGCAAACAUUUAAAAAUAUUCAGCCUUUUUACCCAUUGGUCCCAAAACGGUUCCUGCUAUAAAAGUGUGACGAUAAAUGUAACAUAUAGAUAUUUUUAAGGUAGAGGCUUAGAUUUAUUAGUUAUGUGAAAAGCAGUCUAUAUGUCAGAGUUACAGUAUAUGACAAAUAUAGCCCUGUGGGAUACAUUGUGGCAGUCUUUCACCAUGCAUUUCUCGUGUUGGUAGCAUUCAUUAUAGUAAGAAGCAAAACCAACCAUUAGCCGCAGCUCCCUCCCGCUGAGUGUCCAAAUGUCCUAUCAGCGUCUCAAGUCUCACCUUUCCACCCCCGCAGGCAUUCAACUCUGAGACGGACAACUUCAAGCUGCUGUACGGCGGCCACCAGUACCACGCCAGCUGUGCCAAUUUUUGGAUCAACUGCGUGGAGCCCAAACCGCCGGGCCUCAUCCUGCCCGACCUGCUCUGACCUUUUGACUCACCUU